GCUUUUUUGGUUAAACUGAUGUCAUGUCACCACCCAAACGGGCCAAACCCAAAGGUGCCACACUGCUCUUGCCUCUGUGUUUUCCUUCCCAAAUGAAAUACUCACCACCCCUGCGCAUUUCUAAUGCUCUUUACUUGUUUUAGUGACACCAACCCAAAAACAAAAAAAAGAUCCUAUUGGCUUGAGUUUCAGAACCUCUCUCUGACCUCUGAUUUAUAACAUCACUAGUGGCAAUGGAUGGCUCAUCUCAGAUUAGUGAACCUAUUACUUCUGGGGGAUUAGAAUCUAACAAUGUACAAAGUCAUAUACUAGAUGAUAAUCAGCUUUUCCUCUUGUACUUCAUCAUGGGUACUUACUUUGGCCCGGAUCUCAAAGGGGAGAGGCUGCAAAAGUCAGUUUUGCAAAGAAUAGCUGAGGGACUUCCUCCAUAUACUUCUGAUCAUCUAUCUGGGACCCACAUGAAAACAGUGGAAGUAGAACGGGUGUACUAUUAUGUACUUAGGAAGGCUGCUGAAUCUGUCGCCAUAAAAUUACCGUUGUUGUACCAGUUCUUUGAAGGAAAUGUCCCUGCUCAGGGACAGGACCCUGCUGCCAAUUACCCUCAAUUUCCUGAUCUCUUUCCUCUGCAAUUGCAUCCUCAUUCAAGGUUCAAAAAUCGACAUAAAAUCAUUGAGAACAUUGUAUUUGUUAACAACCCAGAGAUCGUUUACAUUAAGCCAGAGGAUAUUGAAAGGUUUAAGAGGCUAACUGGGCUGGAGGAUUUUCUUUUGGAUAGAGAUGCAGCAAGGUUGCACACUUCUAUAUAUGGUGCUGGUUUACAUAAUGCAGCAGUGCAGGAGGAUGAGUCUAACAGAGAGUUGCCUUCCCCAAGUUCUUCCCGUGGUUCUCAGAAAACGAGACGCAUAGAUGAUAUCCUCAACCCACAGGAUCAUCAGCAACAUUUCCAUUUUGUGGCACCUAUCAGUAGUGUGCCAUAUAGUGGUAAACCUAUGAUGUAUAGUUAUAUGGCUUCUUUGCCAACUAAAGAUGAUUCCAAUCCCAUGGAGAAAGUUGGUCCGGCUAUGAUUUUUCUUCCUUCUCACCCAACUAAAAAAGAGUGGACUAAUAUUGUAGCUGCUACCAAAAGUGGAUUUGCAUUGACUGGGAGUGCAGCCAUGGGACAGGUGGGACCAGUUAUAGGACUCAUGGACAUUGGGGAAUGUGACGACUCGUACCUCUUUCGUGUGUCUCUUCCAGGAGUGAAAAGAGAUGAAAGGGAAUUUAGCUGUGAAGUUGAAAUUGAUGGCAAAGUAUUGAUACAAGGAGUGACAACGACUGGGGAGAAAACAGUGUACAGGUACUCCCAAGUGUUUGAAAUGCAGACACAGAACCUCUGUCCACCUGGACACUUCUCCAUAUCAUUUCAGCUGCCUGGUCCAGUUGAUCCUCAACAGUUCUGUGGUAAUUUUGGCACUGACGGGGUUCUUGAGGGAAUUGUGAUGAAAGGGAGACAUCAAAAUGAUCAAUAACCUCAUGUGUUGUUAAAAAUCUUCAUCUUAAUGCAUUAGAGGGGUCACUGUAUAAUCUGGUUAGAAGUUCUAGGUUGAUGAGUUUUAAGAACCAUUGUAUAUCAUCUCCAUCUGUUGUUAAUUUUAUUUUCCUUAAAUAUUGUUUUCCUGUUGGGAUUUUGAUGCGACAGUGGCUUAGUUUUACGCCU